CUAGCGGCGGAGCACGGCGAUACCAAGAUCCUACGGACCUUGCGUUCCGUGCCCGGUAUCGAUAUCCACAUCAAGAAUGUCGACGGACGCACCCCUCUCCACAUUGCCGCGCUAAACAAUCGAGUCGGCGCCGUAAAACUGCUGCUGGAAUGGGACCACAAGCUGCUCUCUGCGCGUGAUAACAAAAGCCGCACCGCAUACCUGCUUGCGGCCGCAAAAGGCCACUUCAAAGUGCUUGAAGUGCUCAAGAACAAAGGCCAGGACAUGAACGAGUCGACGCCCAAGAACGGGUGGACAGCGCUCCAUCUCGCAGCCGAACAGGGCCGCGUCGACGCUGUCAAAUUCCUGUUGGAA